CAGAAUAACAUUUUGGGCAUGAAUAGAUAAAAACACACACCCAGGGAGAAAGGGAAGGAUUCAAGAUCCAAAUCAAAUCAAAUCAAAUCAAAAUUCCCUGUUUUAUGGGUUUGUUUUGAUUUGAUUAAGGGAUUUCUUGGUUUGAUUUGUUAAUGCGUUUCUUCGGAUCCUUCUCUCUGUGAAUCCUUGUUUUUCUGUUGCUAGUUUUUUUUUUUUUUUGGUUUUCUCCGGCGACGGUACGGUUGCGGGUGUUUUAAUGGAGGGUGAGAGGAAGUACAUUACCGCCGAUGAUCUGAAACAGCACUGUAAGCCUGGAGAUUUGUGGAUCUCUAUUCAGGGGAAGGUUUAUGAUGUCUCGAAUUGGGUGAAGAAGCAUCCGGGUGGGGAUGGUCUGCUCCUCAGUUUGGCGGGUCAGGAUGUUACCGACGCCUUCACCGCCUAUCAUCCCGGCACGGCAUGGCAAUAUCUAGAUGAGUUCUUUACUGGGUAUUAUCUGAAAGAUUUUUCUGUCUCGGAGGUUUCGAGGGAUUACCGGCGGCUUGUAUCCGAAUUUGCCAAAUCUGGUUUGUUCGAAAAGAAAGGGCAUGUUGCGUUUUGUUCGCUGUUUUCCGUUUUCCUGAUGUUUCUGAUUGUUGUUUAUGGCGUUUUGAAGUGCCAGAGUGUUUGGGCGCAUUUGGGAUCGGCGAUGGUAUUGGGUAUGCUCUGGAUGCAGAGUGCAUACGUCGGACACGAUUCCGGUCAUUAUCAGGUAAUGAAGAGUCCUGGUUACAAUAAGGCCGCGCAGCUCCUGGCCGGAAACUGUCUCACCGGAAUCAGCAUUGCCUGGUGGAAAUGGACUCACAAUCAACACCACAUCGCCUGCAAUAGCCUGGACCACGACCCUGAUCUCCAACACAUCCCAAUGUUUGCAGUUUCUUCGCAUUUAUUCAAUUCCAUUACAUCUUACUUCUAUGGAAGAAGAUUGAAUUUCGAUUCUUUGGCUAGAUUCUUAAUCAGUUACCAGCACUGGACAUUUUAUCCGGUGAUGUGCGUUGCCAGGGUAAACCUGUUCUUACAGACAUUCUUGUUGCUCUUCAAUCCGAAGAGAAGAAUCCCGGACAGAGCUCUCAACAUCAUCGGACUCACUGUCUUCUGGACAUGGUUCCCUCUUCUGGUGUCGUUCCUCCCAAAUUGGGAACAGAGAAUCAUGUUCGUCCUGACCAGCUUCGCCGUUACAUCAAUCCAACACGUCCAGUUCUGCCUGAAUCAUUUUUCAGCCGAUGUAUACAUUGGACCCCCAGAAGGUAACGACUGGUUCGAGAAACAGACGAGUGGGACAUUAGACAUCUCUUGUUCUUCCUGGAUGGAUUGGUUCUUCGGCGGCCUGCAGUUUCAGCUGGAGCACCACCUGUUUCCGCGGCUGCCGCGGUGUCAACUGAGGAAAGUUUCUCCAUUGGUGAGGGAUCUUUGCAAGAAACACAACCUACCGUACCGGAGUUUGUCAUUCCUUGAGGCGAAUCAAUGGACCAUUAGGACUCUCAGAACAGCUGCCCUGGAAGCACGCGACUUGACCAACCCUCUUCCUAAGAAUUUGUUGUGGGAAGCCGUUAACACUCAUGGCUGAGGAUUACAGUUGGACUUGAUCGGAAAAAUAUUUAAUUUGUUGGCCCCAAUUUGUAUUUUCUCGCGGCGUUUGAAUUUGAGUUGUUUUGGGUGUUUAGAAUUUCAAAUUGUUUUUCUGUUCUUAGAUAUGUUUUAGUAUUUUAAUGCAUUUGUUGCUUUUCUUUAAAAUAACGUUAUCAUUCUGUUUUUUCAG